AUGGGCCAGGCCUGUCUCACCCAUCUGUUUACCUAUUCACCGAAUCUCUUCGGCGUCCUGGGCAUGUCUUGGAUGGCCAGUCCGGCCUUGCAGCACCUCGGUGGAAUUUGCUCCCCUCCCAGUGUUGCGGAUUCUGAAAUACUAGCCGCCAACACCGGUUUCACGUCCUUCUCCGAUUCGGACGGCACACAGGUAUUAAGUAGUCUUGCCGAACUGGUAACCGCGCACGAGUUGGGCCACUCCCUCGGUGCUCCGCACGACCCCAACACCGCAGAAUGCAGUCCGUCGGCUGCGGAGGGUGGCAAGUUCCUAAUGUAUACCUACGCAGUCCCUGGCUACUCUCCCAACAACUAUCUUUUCUCGCCCUGUAGCCGUCGGGCGAUGAGCAAAGUUAUCCUCUCUAAGGCGCCACUGUGUUUCGAGGAGGAAGUUGGUAUUCCGUUGAACCAGUGUGGAAACUCUAGACUGGAUCCGGGUGAGGAGUGCGAUCCCGGUCGAUCCGUGACAUCCAACUGCUGUACGACCUCGUGCAAGCUGAGGGCCAGCGCCCAAUGUUCGCCCUUGAACCACAAAUGCUGCACCAACGGUAAAGAUCCAGUUUAUAAGCUGAUUCUUCUACUUUCUCCUGAUCCUCCCAAAAGGGAGGGUUAA